CCGGCUUAGGGACCCCUCGUUUUCCGCAGAGUGGGGUUCAGGGACCCCCCCCCAAGGGGAGGGAGGCGCCCUCAGGGUCACCCUAGGGGCGAGGGCGAGCCGGGGACCCCCGCCCUGGGUGCCCCACCCGGAGGUGCCCUGGGGCGGGGGUUUGGGGCGGGCCCUCGUGUGACCCCCGCACGCCGCCGCCUCCCCGGGCCCGGGAAGCGCGCCUCAGCCCGGCCACGCCCCCCGAGGCCCCGCCCUCGGACUCCCAUUGGGCGCGGGUCGAACAGGCGAGCCUCGAGCCACUCCCCUCGGCCAAUGGGAGGCGCGCGCGCGGGUUGGGGUGGGGCGGGUUCCGGCGCGGGGCGGGGCGUGGCUUCCGGGCGCGAGCCGGCGGGAGAGGCUUCCGGUCCGCCGGGGACUCCUGUCACGGAGGCGACGACGCGCCCCGGGGGCCCCAAGGCCGCCGCGGGCUCCCUCGUCCUCGGCGUCUGCGCCCAGACGCGCCCGGGUUCCUCCCGAGGCCCCACGCAUUGCCUCAGGAAAACGCUCCCGCCCUUCCUGGGCCCGAGGCAGAGAAUCGAACUUUCCGGAAGCCUGCAGCCUCGGGGUCGCCGUGUUGGUUCAGAGGCUCUAAGGGGGCGCGUCCGAGCUGCCCAGGGGACGCUUCUGCCGUGCACGUCGGCAGACAAGUGUGGAAGAAACGAGUUCCAGUGCCGAGACGGGAAGUGCAUCUCCUACAAGUGGGUUUGCGACGGGAGCACCGAGUGCCCGGACGGCUCCGACGAGUCCCAGGAGACAUGUGUGUCUGUCACCUGCAAAUCGGGGGACUUCAGCUGCGGGGGCCGUGUCAACCGCUGCAUCUCUCGGUUCUGGAGGUGCGACGGCCAGGCGGACUGCGAGAACGGCUCGGACGAGCAGGACUGUCCCCCCAAGACGUGCUCCCAGGACGAGUUCCGCUGCCACGACGGGAGGUGCAUCUCCCAGAAGUUUGUCUGUGACUCGGACAGGGACUGCCUGGACGGCUCGGACGAGGCCUCCUGCCCCACGCUGACCUGCGGCCCGGCCAGGUUCCAGUGCAACAGCUCCACCUGCAUCCCUGAUUUGUGGGCCUGCGAUGGCGACCCCGACUGCGAGGACAGCUCGGACGAGUGGCCGCAGCACUGUGGGGGCCGCAACACGUCUGCCCCCCACGUGGACAGUGGCCCCUGCGCGGGCCUGGAGUUCCACUGUGGCAGCGGCGAGUGUAUCCAUGGCAGCUGGCGCUGCGACGGCGGCCCAGACUGCAAGGACAAGUCCGACGAGGAGGGCUGUGUGGUGGCCACGUGCCGGCCGGAUGAGUUCCAGUGCAGGGACGGGAGCUGCAUCCACGGCAGCCGGCAGUGUGACAAGGAGUACGACUGCAGGGACAUGAGUGACGAGGUUGGCUGCGUCAACGUGACGCUCUGCGAGGGGCCCAACAAGUUCAAGUGCCGCAGCGGGGAGUGCAUCACCCAGGACAGGGUGUGCAACGCCGUCAGGGACUGCCGCGACUGGUCGGACGAGCCGCUCAAGGAGUGUGGUACCAACGAAUGUCUGGACAACAAGGGUGGCUGCUCCCACAUCUGCAAUGACCUCAAGAUCGGCCACGAGUGCCUCUGCCCCGAGGGCUUCCAGCUGGUGGAGCAGCGGAGAUGCCAAGAUAUCGACGAAUGUGCAGACCCCGAUACCUGCAGCCAGCUCUGCGUGAACCUUGAGGGGGGCUACAAGUGCGAGUGCCACGAGGGCUUCCAGAUGGACCCCCGCACCCAGACCUGUAAGGCCGUCGGCACCACCGCCUACCUCUUCUUCACCAACCACCACGAGGUGCGGAAGAUGACGCUGGACCGCAGCGAGUACACCAGCCUCCUCCCCAACCUGAAGAACGUGGCCGCCCUGGCCGCCGAGGUGGCCGGCAACAGGAUCUACUGGUCCGACCAGUCUCAGAGGAAGAUCUACAGCACCCAGCUCGACAGAGGCCCCGGCCUCCCCUCCCACGACACUGUCAUCAGCGGGGACAUCCAGGCCCCCGAGGGGCUGGCUGUGGACUGGAUCCACGACAACAUUUACUGGACGGAUUUGGUCCUCGGCACCGUCUCUGUGGCAGACACCAAGGGCCUGAAGAGGAAGACGCUGUUCAAGAAGCAGGGCUCCAAGCCUCGGGCAGUUGUGGUGGACCCCGUGCAUGGCUUUAUGUACUGGACGGACUGGGGAAGCCCUGCGAAGAUUGAGAAAGGGGGCCUGAACGGAGUGGACAUUUACUCACUGGUGACGGAUGAUAUCCAGUGGCCCAACGGCAUCACCCUGGAUCUUUCCAGCAGCCGCCUCUACUGGGUCGACUCCAAACUCCACUCCAUCUCGAGCAUCGACGUGAACGGGGGGAACCGGAAGACUAUUUUGGAGGAUGAGAAGAGGCUGCCCCACCCGUUCUCCCUGGCUGUCUUUGAGGAUAAAGUCUUCUGGACGGAUACCGUCCACAAAGCCAUCUUCAGCGCCAACCGCCUCACAGGCCUGGACGUUCAUCUCGUGGCUGAGAACCUGGGGUCCCCAGAGGACCUGGUCCUGUUCCACAGCCUCACGCAGCCGAGAGGAGUGAACUGGUGUGAGCAGACCAGCUUCCCCAAUGGUGGGUGCCAGGGCCUGUGCCUCCCGGCCCCGCAGAUCAACCCCCACUCGCCCAAGUUCACCUGCGCCUGCCCUGACGGCCUGCGGCUGGCGGGGGACAUGAGAAGCUGCCUCGCAGAGCCUGAACCGGACACCACCAUGGCCAGUCCCUCCGCGGCACCCUCUCCGGUCAGGCCGACCAUCAGUGCCCCAGCCGCAGAGCUGACGCACACAGCCGGCCGGCCUGCCCCUGGCACCUCCAGGCAGCCCGCGGCCAGCCCCGAGCUCACCACGUCAAUGACAGUUAACACGACCCACCAAGCCCUGGGUGACGCCGCCAGCAGAGGGGACGCAGAGAAGCCCAGGGGCACGUCGGUGGCUCUGUCCGUCGUCCUCACCGUUGUGGUGCUCGGCUUCGUGGGCUACGGCGGCUUCUACCUCUGGAAGCACUGGCGGCUGCGGAACGUGAAAAGCAUGCACUUCAACAACCCCGUGUACCAGAAGACCACGGAGGACGAGGUGCACAUCUGCCGUGGCCAGGACGGCUACACCUACCCCUCGAGACAGAUGGUCAGCCUGGAGGACGACGCGGCCUGAUCAGCUGCCUCGCGGCCUGUCCCUGCCAAGCCUGCUGCCCACGACGGCGGGAAGAGGCCCCUUCUGCUCGGCUCCCCCGCGGGCCUCCGCGUCCCUCCUGCUCGGAUCAGAGAAAGGAGAGAAGACACAGCCGGGCCGGGCCGCAGCCUCGGUGCCCAGAGAGCCUCCUGCCCGCCUGGAGCUUGUUUUAUAUAUUUAUUGGUCUGGGCGGCAGGGCGGGUGUCUGCCACACGAAACGGGGUUCAGCCGGGGUUGCGUUUUCUUUCUUCACCAACGAAGGAGCAAAGUGCAGAGCCCAACGGGCCAGGACGGUUCUCGGGGGUUUUAGGACGGGGAUGGGAAACCCGGCCCUUCUCUCCCGCUCGGGUGAAGGACAGGCAGACGGACAGAUGGGGGACCAUGAUGACUUUAAACACAGACCGCGGGCCAGCCCCUAACUCAGGAGUCACUGGCGGACAGCUGGAACGUGCCUUCACCCCCCACCCCCAGAUCAGGACACGGUGCCCGCCCCUGGAGCCAGGGAGGGGGCGCCACCACCGAGACCGAGUCGUUCCCGGGCGAGGGCCCAAGUCACCGUUGCCCUUAAUGAUUUCAGUGCCUGGCAGCCCGGGGCACCCACGUGGGCUCCGUGACGCCCCCACUUCACUUCCUUCGUCCCUUCGCACUUUCUCAGUUCAGGGUUGUGCAUUCUGUAAAUUCGAUGUUUUUACUCCUGUUUUGCACUGUUUGCUGUGCCGCACCCGGGGAGAUGCACAUGUCUCGAGGCCACUCUGGGCACAAGAGGACACGAGGGGAGGACCGCGGCAGGUGGCCAAAGUGGAACCCGGAGCUGCCGCUCUCUUUCUGCACGGCAAGUUAGAAAGUUCUCCACAUUGUCCCCCGAUUGGCAUCUGAACGCAAGCACGUUCCAGCCCUGAAAGCAAUCCUCGGGUCGUUGGCGGGUCCUGGGACUUAGGAAGCAAGACUCCUCUCUCAGGGCCCCACAAACGCUCCCGCUGCAUUAACGACCCAGGAGAGGGGCCGCUUCCUUUGGGUUCCGGCGGAAGACCCCUAAAAGGACUGAAAUCCCUUCAGCUCACGGGGAUGAGGCGCUGCCUGCUGCCCCCGUGGGAAACGGAGAGGCGCUUCUCCUUCCGGAGCGUGUAAAUCGUGGACGGACAGCGGGGCUUGCUGUUAUGUUUGCACUUUGUAAAUUUGUUGAAACCGUUUUCACUUAUAUAUGUAUAAAAAGAGAUCUAUUUAUUUUUGCAAACCCUGGUGCUGCAUUUGUUUCGUUCCCCUCGGGCCCUGCCCCGGGUGAGUGUCCCGCAGGUGCCUUGUCUGGAUGUAGAGUCUGCGCAGUGCAUGGCGCGUUUCAGAUGUCCAUGUUGUAUGUACAGGUUGUUCGAGGGCUUGGGUUGCGUUUUCGAAACCACUGUAUAAAAUGUUUUUAUAGCCUGAAUGUCUUAACUGUGACCGAUUAAAUUUCUCCAGUGAGCCGUUUGGAUAAA